CCAGCGCCAUCUUAUUUGUCGUAGUAACAAGUGAGCAUGUCAGCCCGUGUUUAUAGUAAACUAUUAAAUUCUUCCGGGAGAAAACCGUCUGAGAAGAAUUGAAGCUUAAUUGUUCGAGGUGCCAAAGUUUAAAGUUUUAUCCUAAAAAAUUUGUAAUGGAAGUUCUCCCGUCGUUAGAUACAGUGUACCAAGCGGUUUUUACACUGUACCAUAAUCCAGAUCCAACAGAGAAAGAAAAAGCAUCAUCAUGGCUUGGAACAUUGCAGAGUUCUGUUUAUGCUUGGAAGAUAGCUGAUGAAAUGCUGCAGCAAAAGCGGGAUUUAGAAUCUUGCUAUUUUGCUGCUCAAACAAUGCGAACAAAAAUUCAAAUGUCAUUUCAUGAGCUUCCGUCAGAAGCGCACAACUCCUUGCGUGACUCGCUCAUGGAACACAUAAGUCAGGUUACUGACGCAACCAAUACAGUCAUUGUUACCCAGCUUUGUCUUGCUCUUGCGGAUCUGGCACUUCAGAUGCCAUCAUGGCAGAAACCUGUGGUGGAUUUGAUAAGUAAAUUUAGCCAAGGGAAUGUAUGGCCGUUGCUGGAAAUUCUGACAGUUAUGCCAGAAGAAGUUAACUCAAGAUCCUUAAGGCUAGGUGCAAACAGAAGGCAUGAAGUGAUGCAGGAACUGGGUUCAACAGCGAGCACUGUUACAGAAUUCUUGAAAGUGUGUCUUUCAAACAGUGGUGAGAAUUCUCAGAUUCAUAUACGAAUUCUACGCUGUUUCACCUCGUGGGUAUCUGUCCAGGCCAUCACACUGCCAGAUGUGGCUGAAAAUAUGGUUGUAGCACAUGCAUUUCAUGUGCUUACUAACCACCAGGCAGUUCCAGCAGUUCACGAAGCUGCCACAGACUGUGUUUGUGCAUUGCUACAAUGUCUGGAAGACAACAAUAAUCAGCAAACACUAGAACUACAGUUAUUCUCAAGUGUGAUGUCCCUGGAAGAGAGCUUUCACCUGUCAGUUGCCCAUGAAGAUCAAGAAAAGUCCAUGAACUAUUGCAGAAUUUUCACGGAGUUGGCAGAAUCGUUUUUAGAGAAGAUAGUAAAUGGUAGUUGCAACAAUAAACCUCAUUUUGCCCUGAAGAUUUUGGAUCUGGUUUUGACAUGUGUAGGCCAUCAUGAUUACGAGGUGGCAGAGAUUACGUUUAAUUUAUGGUAUCGUUUGUCUGAAGAACUCUACCAGAAAAACAAUGAUUCUGUUACUGUGGUGUUUAAACCAUAUGUAGAGAGGCUGAUUGAAGCAUUAUGCAGACAUUGUCAGAUGGAGCCAGACCAUGAAGGUCUACUGGAUGAUGCAGAUGAAUUUUCUGAUUUCCGAGUGAAAGUAUCAGAACUGAUAAAGGAUGUGGUAUUCAUUGUAGGAUCUUCAAAUUGUUUCCGACAAAUGUUCCUAAGUCUUCAAAGACCAGGAGUAACCUGGGAUUCGAGUGAAGCAGCUUUAUUUGUUAUGCAGUCUGUUGCAAAAAAUAUCCUCCCGGAAGAGAAUGAUGUGGUCCCUAAAGUUGUGGAAGCUAUUUUGAACUUACCACAAACGACACACAUAGCUGUGAGGCAUACAUCAGUCUUGCUUCUUGGAGAAUUGUGUGAGUGGAUAGAGAAACACCCACAGUCUUUAGAACCUAUUCUCAACUUUCUUCUUUUCUGCCUACAACAGCCACAGUUGGCAACAGCAGCUGCAAGUGCCCUACAAAAUAUAUGCAGCUCUUGCCGAGAUCAUAUGGCUGUGCAUUUUAAUGGACUUGUACAGAUUAUUCAGAGUCUAGAUACAUUUAGUAUAUCCAAUGAAGCAGCUAUAGGUCUUCUGAAAGGUGUUUCUGUGAUUUUGGGUCGAAUGCCACCAGAUCAAAUACAGCAAGCCAUGAAACAAAUCUGUUUCUUUCAGAUUAAUCCUUUGUGUCAGUUGGUUGAGAAUGAUGUGAAGACUGAGAAAGGAACAAAAACUGAUCCUGUUCUAUGGCUUGAUAGACUGGCAGCCAUCUUCAGGCACACAAAACCAGUUGUAGAAAAUGGAGAAGUCCAUCCUUGUCAAAGUGUAAUUACAGAGGUAUGGCCUGUACUUUCAAACACUUGCAAUAAAUAUCAGGCUGAUAUUCGUGUAAUGGAGAGGUGCUGUAGAUGUUUAAGGUUUGCUGUUCGGUGUGUUGGCAAACAGUCUGCUCACCUGUUAGAACCUCUUGUGAAACAGAUUGUGAUGCUGUAUCAGGUGUAUCAACAUAGUUGCUUUCUAUAUUUAGGAAGUAUAUUGGUAGACGAAUAUGCAUCUGAGCCAGGAUGUGUGCAGGGUUUGUUAGACAUGCUUCAAGCUUUCAUUGGUCCUACUUUCACGAUACUUCAGGAAGCCAAUGGACUGAAGAACCAUCCUGACACUGUGGAUGAUUUCUUCAGAUUAUGCGCAAGGUUCUUACAGAGAGCACCAGUGGCAUUUCUGCAAAGUGCAGCAUUGACUUCUAUUUUACAAUGUGCAUUACUUGCAUGCACUUUAGAUCAUAGAGAUGCCAAUGCAUCAGUAAUGAAGUUUUUUUAUGAUCUGAUACACUCAGGAAGAGCUCGAGAGGAGGAAGCAGAUUUCAAAAUACGAAAAAGUCUUGUUGAAGGUAUCAUCCGUGAACAUGGACAGACUCUCAUUAGUAAUUUAAUCCAUGCUUGUGUCUUCUACUUGCAUUCCUACAUGCUCUCUGAUGUUGCUGAUGUUAUCAUGGAAUUAAUGCAUAGUGACAGAACUGCUGUUGGUCAGUGGUUAGAAGAGGCGGUCAAGGCUCUGCCAAUGCAUAAUCCUGGGGGCAGUGUUACAGCAACACCCAAACAGCUUCUGGAUUUCCAUCGUUCAUUGACAAGGGCGGAAGGAGCAAAAGCUGUUUCACAUGCACUUCGAGAUUUUGCUCGUCUUUUUCGCUGACUGCAAGGCACACUGCGGAGACAAGGAUAAAACUUGAAUUAUUUUCAAGGAACAAUUUAAGAGCAGACAGUGUAUAUGGAAGGAAUGUGAUGUGAUACAGUGCUGUGAAUUCUGUUCAUUUUUGUUAACAGAAUUUUCUGAGGAAAGUGAUUCUGUGAUUGUGAAAGUGACAGGCAUGUGUGACUAGGAGAUAUGAGAGUGUGAGUGAAAGGUUACGCAUGCAUGAAGAAUUUCUUAUCUGUUCACAUUGCUGUUAAAAUAUUUGUUACCUGAACGCCAGAUAACAUAAAUGUAUUUAUGUUCUGCUGGAAUUAUUUUAAACAUGACAGUUUUGUCUAAAUAAGUUUGUAGCGUUUUAUUUACACAUUUUUUGCAUAUCCACUAAUAUAUUGAGGAAGCAUUUGUAA